AUGGAGCCAGACAAAGUGUCUAACGAGGAGAGCGCUCACUCCACGGGCAAUGAGAAGCUCAAUGUCGGCGAGGUCAGCGUCGAGGUUCCGCGAGGCCGCGCCGAUGCAGAUGUCGCGGCCAAGUUUCUGUCAAGCCUGGAUCCUGCCAUUGCGGAGGCACCCAUUACAGACGCCGAGUUCAAGAAGGUCCUGCGCAGGAUUGACUUCAUCAUCCUACCUAUGAUAGCCGCCACCAUCAUCCUCGCGGCUGUCGACAAGGUCAUAAUAUCCAACGCCGCUAUCUAUGGCAUGCGUGAGGACACGAAACUCGGCCCUGAUCAGUUCAGUUGGGUAGGAAGCAUCUUUUACUUUGGUUACCUGGUCUUUGAAUAUCCUUGCGCAGUCCUCAUCCAACGCUUUCCAGUUGCGAAGCUGCUUUCUGCCGCUUGCUUCGGCUGGGCCGUAAUGAUGCUGUGUAUCGCCGCGACCCAGAAUUUCGCUGGUCUCGCAACCUGCCGCUUCAUCAUGGGAAUGACAGAAGCCAUGGUAUUCCCAGUCUCCAGCAUCAUGACAGUCAUGUGGUGGCGACGAUCUGAGCAACCUAUCAGAGUAGCGUUCUGGUUCAAUCAGGGAUCGUCUAUCUUCUCUGGCAUCGUGUCCUAUGGGAUCGGGCAAACAAACGUCUCCCUAGCACCCUGGCGCCUCCUUUUCAUCGUGCUCGGGGCUUACUCCAUCGUCUGGGCCGCAAUUGUCUGGAUUUGGCUACCAGACUCGCCUACGACGUGCCGCUGGAUGUCGGAGCGCGAGAAGUACAUCUGUCUGGUCCGCGUCAAGGCCAACAACACGGGCGUGGAGGACCGCACGAUCAAGUGGUAUCAAAUCCGAGAGUGUCUCCUUGAUCCCAAGACGUGGCUAUUGGCUAUCUUCUCCUGCGCCCAGAACAUUCCCAACGGUGGACUCAUCACCUUCGCGGCCAUCAUCGUCUCCGGCUUGGGAUACAGCAGACUGAAUACCGUCCUGCUCGGUAUACCGACGGGAGUCUUGGCCACUGUAUGGCAGUUGAUGCUUGCCUAUCCAUCGUCCAAGAUCAAGAACUCACGCUGCAUCAUCAUUGCACUCGCCAACUUGGUGCCUAUGAUCUGCGCGGUGCUCAUGUGGCAGCUUCCCCGCAGCAACCAGCAGGGUCUCCUGGCAGCAUAUUACGUGUUCUACACCUACUGGGCGCCCUAUGUCCUAAGCACGAGUCUCCCCAUGGCCAACACCUCCGGCCACAGCAAGAAGGUGACCAUGAACGCCAUCUUCUUCCUGGCCUACUGCCUCGGAAACAUCCUCGGCCCCCAGGUCUUCCGCGCGGACGACGCUCCCGACUACACGAAUGGAUACAUCGGGCUGCUGUGCUGCAUCGUGAUCGCCAUUGCAUCCAUCUCCGCUUACGGGUACUUGUGCUGGCGGGACAACAAGAUUCGUGACGCGCAGCAGGGUGCUGUCCAGGGCGCUGAGAUCAGCACCGAUGCCGCUUUCACGGAUUUGACGGACAAGGAGAAACCGGAUUUCCGUUAUAGCUACUAG